AUGCUGCGGAGACAAGCCAGAGAGCGGCGGGACUACAUAUACCGUCGGGCUCUUCAACUACGAGAUGCUAGUAUUGCUGAAAAGCGUGCUUUGCUGAAAAAGUCGCUUGCAACAGGCAAACCACUUGACCCAUCGGUCGCAAACGACAAAUCUCUGCGGAAAGACUUCAAGUACGAUGAAUCACUCGAUCCAGAGACUGCAGCGGCUCAAGAGUCCAUCGACGAUGAAUACUCGAUGCUUUCAGGUCUCUCCGACCCACGGCCAUUAGUCACAACCUCCCGCAGUCCCUCUACUCGACUGAGUGCAUUUUCCAAAGAAAUCCGACUACUCCUGCCCACCUCAAUACGGCUGAAUCGAGGCAAUUUGAUCCUUCCGAAUCUGCUGUCGAGUGCAAAAGCCGCUGCUUUGAGCGACAUCAUCCUCCUUCACGAGCAUCGAGGCACUCCUACUGCCAUGACAAUCUCCCACCUCCCUCACGGUCCCACGGCCUCCUUCUCCCUCCACAACGUCGUCCUGAGAGCAGACAUACCUGACGCAUCGAGAGGGACUGUCUCCGAGUCAUAUCCACACCUGAUCUUUGAAGGAUUCACAACUCGCCUGGGAAAGAGAGUGGUCCAGAUCUUAAAACAUAUCUUUCCUCCACGGGAUGGCCCUCACAAGGUCGGCAACCGGGUAGUCACCUUCAAGAACGUGGAAGAUAGUAUUGAAGUUCGCCAUCAUGUGUUUGUCCAGACCGGCUAUCGAGAUAUGGAGUUGGCAGAGGUUGGGCCCAGAAUGACCAUGAGGUGCUUCGAGAUCCGAGGAGGGACACUGGAAAAAGACUCUGGAGGGGAGGUCGAAUGGGCUUUGACUCAAUAUACCCGGACAGGACGAAAGAAGGACUAUCUUUGAAAGCUCUUGCUCGCGGAUUGACAGCUCCGGCUCUUGUCCAAAAUUGCGCAUGGUAAAUCCAAACAUGCCAGCAAAAAUUUGCUGUUGACGGGUAUCCAGCAUCAAAAGUGCAACGCAGUCGCCAUAGCGUCGACUGUCUGCUGCUUCGCAAGGUAACCCAUCUUAUCGCAGAAACUCCAGUUUCAUUCAGCCCGAGCGAACUGAUUCUCGGCCAUCGAACCCGUCCAAACGCCGCCAGCAGAUUUCCAAGCCACAGACACGUUAGUAUCGCGUACGUCCCGGAAAUGUUUGUCACCAUCCUCCUUCUGGCGUCUUCGCAAUCAAAUCCACUUCAUUGGUUGCCGGAUCCUUCCUCGGGUUCAACAGUAUCGUUACAGUCGGCUUCUGCUGUUUCCCCUCGACCGAGUCAACCUCCGGACCCAUAUCAUUGCCUGGCUGUUUGACGAUCUUUGGUCCAAAGAACUUGAACAGCCGAUCAUCCCCGGCGCCAUCGCCGCGUAGAUUCCAUUCAUCUUGAGCCGACUCAUCCAUCUUAUUGACCUUCUCGCGAUCAUCCCAGCUCACCCCGACUCUCUUGUGGAAGAACUUGGUGAACAUGGUGAAGGCAAAGUCGAAUGUGCUUCCCGGAGGCGCUAGUUGCGUCACAUAGCGGUGUCCCGGACGGAUGUAGAUGCUGUAACAUGCGUACGACUUGGCCUUCGGCUCUGGCUCGUUCGCAUUCGCGGCACUGGCAUUGGUGGUAGGAUCGUAUUCGAAAAGCUGCAAACUCUGAGCCCAUGGAUUCGGAAUAUGAACCCGCAAAGCAGGAUUCGACAGAGAGAGGGAACGCGGGAGAGAGCUCGCUAUGACAGGGUAUCUGGAGUAAGGGUACGGUUUGGGGAAACGAUACAAUGUAACUGGACAAUGAGGGAGAGAUGGUCUUGAAGUAGACAUAGACCAGGUCGGUGCAUAAGCACGAGGAAAUCGAAAGGAACAGGAAUAUCUUUGUUCUGAGGACUGCGAAGCCAGAACCAUAUCGUGUAUCGACUCGUCGGAGACUGUUCGUCGGUGGUCCGGCUCCUGGUUCGUGAUGGGAUAGGAUGUUGAAGACGACAAUGAAGAGAAACAAGAUGCGUAACGCACCUUGAGUCUAUGCUUUUCGAGACGGUUCUGGAGAAUGUCCUCCCUUACCAACGUGACGAGGAACGUGAAACCGUUGGCAUCGGUGAAAGGGCGGUAGCCGUCUAUCAAGCAAUUGGAUCAGUACCCUGUGCUUUUCACUCGAGAGUCG